AAAACAUUCGCGGCAUCAUACUGCGAAAUUGUGUAAAAAUCGAAAAAUCUAUCAAUACAACGCAUAAAUUAACUUAUUUUAUCAAUUCAACAUGAGUCGCAAAGAAGCACUUUCGUCUUUCAUCCAACAAAUCCACGGGCGACCUGUGGUCGUUAAACUGAACAGCGGUGUUGAUUACCGAGGUGUCCUAGCCUGUCUAGACGGCUACAUGAACAUAGCCCUAGAACAAACAGAAGAGUAUGUCAACGGUCAGCUAAAGAACAAGUAUGGUGAUGCCUUUAUCCGAGGAAACAAUGUCCUGUAUAUCAGCACUCAGAAGCGAAGGAUAUAGUCAUGGUUUGGUUAAUUAGGGUGUAAGGAUACAAUAAAAUAUUUCUUAUAAA